UCUUGACUUCCUUCUCCGUACUGCCUCAGACCCCGGUCCUUUUCUUCAUCUUUCUUAUCCUAAUAGACAACGCACUCCGCUUUAUUUACCGGACCUAAUACAUCUCACGAACCGGAUCCCUCUACAUUUCCUAGGACAACCUUGCACCUUGACCCUCGCCCCGGCCCCGCAACGAACCGAAACAACCGCGAAAAUGGCCGAAGCCUACGAGCGCGAACAACAAAACAACGCCCUCCUCAACUCCCUCUCCUCGAAGGUCUCGGCGCUCAAGUCCGUGACGAUUGAUAUCUACGACAAUGCGAGGGAUCAGGAGACGUUGGACCAUUCGAACCAAGUCUUCUCCUCUCUGUCCACGAAUCUCAAGGGCAGCGCCAGUCGGUUGACCCGCAUGGCGCGGCAGGGCGAUACGGUGGCUGUGCUGAAGGUCGCGGGCAUUGUGGUCGUGGCGGGCUUGCUGGUGUGGAUUGCUUUGGGGUGGGUCUUUUGAAGGGUCCGCCUCACAUCUGGUUUGCUGGUUGGGUUGGG